AUGACUCAGGUAAAUACGGGUGGUGUACCGUUUGAGUCUCGGUCCAGUCAGCCGAUUUAUGUACCCGAGUAUUCUGAGGACAAAAUGGAAGAGGAUAAUGAGGAUGAUGGGCAGGACCAUAUUAGGAUGGGUGCGCAUCACAGAGAUCUCCCUAUGUACAAUCCUGGUUGUCCACGGCCUGGUCCUGGAGGUUUACCCUCUCCCCCUAGCCUUAUCUCUUCUCCUAUUAGUGGUGAUUGGCACAGUCGUAGUCCCUCUAUCCCUGGUGCUGUUCAAUUACCACUGGGUGUAUCCAUAGGUAGUCGGCCUCGUCCCUCCCGCGCUAGUCAGGCAUCUCUUUCUCUCAUUGAUCCUGUGGGCCCUCACGGAGGUCCUAUUUCCAGUGGAGUAUAUACACGUCCUCCUCCUCCUCUCAUUGAUCCUGUGGGCCCUCGCGGAGGUCCUUCUCCACUGCAGUAUCUACACGCCCUCCUCCUCUCAUUUAUCCUGAGGGCCCUCGCGGAGGUCCUGUCUUCACUGGAGUAUCUACACGUCCUCCUCCUCCUCUCACACGUCCUGUUACCACGACUGCAUCAGCAGUAUCUUAUCGGUGGGAUCGACAAGAUGAGUUCAUACUCGUGGGACUCUACUACGCUGGCGUACCUAUACCAUCAGGAGGGCGAGUUACCCAUACAAGGAGCGUCUCGACAGGAUGACCGAAGGAAUAGUUCCGAGGACUAUCUACAAGUUAUACGUCAGCUUGGCUACCAUUCACCUAUUGACACUGUCAGUACUUGGAGGAGAUUCCCGGAGUCAGGGCAGUAUUCACAUCCCUUUCUUCUGCCAACAACUGACACAUCUUCAGACUCCACACCAGCCCAGAGCAGUCAAGAUUAUGAUGAAGUGCGACUCCUCCCCUCUCGGUGCACCCUCGGUCGCUAUUGCCUCUCUCGCCCUCGGCCAAUGGUCCUAGCACAGGAACAUAUAACUCGCUACGACGCGAAAUCCACAAUGGCCAUCAACAACAACAUCAAGGUAACUGGUAAUAUAUGGUCGAAUGGGCUAGGGAAUGAGGUCAUAGGAGUGAUACUGUGA